GAAUGCGGCUUCGCAGCUCCUGCAGCCAGCCAGCUAGUCAGCGCCUGUGUGACGGAGAGCCGCUCAGCGAUGGUCCUGCCCGCUCUUUCGUAAACAUACCUCGGGCAACAGCAAAGCGAGCAGCAUAAUGCCGCCGAGCAAACAGGAUUUUGCGUGGCAGAGAGGCGCUGGGAUGCGGAGCCCGAGCUUCAGACUGCGCUCCUCGAUGUGCUCGGGUUUCGGGAAGCGCAGCUCCGCCAUGCUGCCCUCCGUGCUGACGUUUGCGGUGAUCGUGGCGUCCGGAGGCCUGCUUCUCAUGAUCGAGAAGGGGAUGAUCAACGGCAUGGAUCCCCCUCCACCGCGGGCGAACGGCCGGACUGCAGAUCACCGACCGCACGCCGGGCAGUACGACGCUGCAGGAGACACUGACGCUCAAAUCCUUCAGGAGAUUCGCAACCACACUAUCCGGACGGUAUGCAGCCAGAAGAACAUGCCACGUAGCGUGUGGUCUCUAGGCACGCUGCAGCGUCGCACAGUGCUGCAGCACAUCCUGGUGAACGAUGACUAUCGCUUCCUGUACUGCUACGUGCCCAAAGUGGCCUGUUCCAACUGGAAGCGGGUACUGAAAGUGCUGAGCGGCGCCCUGGACAACGUGGACGUCAACAUCAAGAUGGACCAUAAGCGUGACCUGGUGUUCCUGGCCGACAUGCAGCCCGAGGAGAUACGCUACCGCCUCCAGCACUACUUCAAGUUCCUGUUCGUGCGAGAGCCCAUGGAGCGCCUCCUGUCGGCGUACAGGAACAAGUUCGGGGAGAUCGAGGCCUACCAGCGCAAGUAUGGCGUGGAGAUCGUGAAGCGCUACAGGAAGGGUGUGGGCCGCACGACGGGGGACGACGUGACGUUUGCCGAGUUCGUACGGUACCUGGUGGACGAAGACGUCGAGCGGAUGAACGAGCACUGGAUGCCCGUGUAUAACCUCUGCCAGCCGUGCGCCGUGCCCUAUGACUUCGUGGGCUCGUACGAGCGCCUGCAGAGCGAUGGUGACUAUGUGCUGCGGCGGGUGGGGGCCCCACCUAACGUCCACUUUCCCGAGCGCCAGAGCUGGUACCGGCCAAUCAGCGCAGAGACGCUGCAGUACUACCUCUGCAGCCUCCCACAAACCCUCCUGAGGGAACUGCUUCCGAAAUACAUCCUGGACUUCUCCCUCUUCACCUACUCGCUGCCGAACACAACCAGCCAGGCCUGCAGACACUGAGCUGCACGUCCACUCCCCCCCCCAACAGAAACCCCCCGGCUCGCAGACAUCGGAUGCACACCGCGGAGUGGGAGAGACCUCGUGAUUUCAUACUAUAAAUAUACAGCACUAUUUUCAUAGGAAGUUGCAUUUUUUUUUUACUUUUUAUACUUGCGUAUAUAUUUAGUGGAGAUUGAGUAGGAGUGAACAUGGACCACCGUAAGAAAUCAGAGACAGAAUAAAUUCUAUGCAACAACAAAAGUAUUAAAGUAUGAAGUUUGAAUACUACAUAUGUUUUAUAUCCUUAAAUUGUAAUAUUUUGGAUGACAGCUCCGAAAAAAGAAUAUUUUCUGAUACUGAAUCAAGCCAAGUCACUUAUCGUGACUACAAAUCCUGAAGGGUAAUUAUGCAAAAACAUAUUAGGAGGUUUUACUCCAGUAUAUCACAGCUGUGAUUUGGUUGUAGGCACAACCAAAUCGAAUAGGUAACAGUAAUAAGCCAUAAUAGAUACUUUGCUUGAUUAUUUAUUUAAAGAUUUACGAGCCUCCACAAAAACAAAUCGUUCCCACCAGCCAACUCUUGACUUUUGCCAAGUAACACAAACGUUACAAGGUAACACAGCUCACUCUCUCCCAACUACUUUGUUUCAUUUAAAUACAACGGUUUUUAGAUACUAUGGUGUUAAAUUAGUGCCAAAAGUCGCGCACAUAAAAACCACGCGCGCGUAUGUGCUCGAGAGCAGAAAAUCCAUGCUCUCUACGCGCUCGCGAUUGCACAGCACCUCCAAUAUUCAUUAUGACCAACUUAACUCUUUAAUUAUCCAGCCCUCUUUGCUAAUGCUCAGUUACAGUGACGCUUAAACUAAAAGGCAGUCUUGGUUAAAUAUAAAUACAUGCUGUGUUUCUGCCUUGUUUUAGAAAUGGAUCUUUAAGCAUCAGAGACAACCAAGAAAGUAUCUAAGAAGUGAUAUUACUUUUCUGGGACCUCCUUGGAGAAAUGCCAGACUGCUGGGCAGUGCUCAGUUCUGUGGUCAGAAAGGUUUAUUUAUAAAUAUCAACCUAUUCCCAUGUGAAUGUUGUAGUGCCAGCUUACAGUGGAAGACUAAUCAGUCGUGAAGUGAAACUUAUAAAUUAAAACUUGUCCAUAACUGUAAAUUCAGGCUUCUGUCACGUUUGUGUAUUUAAAUGUCUUAUGUCAUUUAAUAUUCUGUAAAUGAAACUUUUAAACUUGAGCACAAAGACUUUUGACAGAAUAUUUUUGCUCCAUGCUUUUUAUAUGAAACGUAUUUUCCAUUGCUUGUAUUAGUAAAUUAACAAAUAAAGACUGCUUCAGUUGCGUAA